AUGACAAGCUUGUUCAGAAAAGGAACACUUUCUAAGGACCCAAAAUUACAGCAGGAUUUGGAACGUUACUAUAAAAUACGAGCUGCUGCCUGUCGAAUUUUGUCAAUCGCUCAGAAUCCAUUACAACGUCUUGAUGCGGCCAAAACGUUACUUGUUAGUCAUGCACAACUGCUUAGUUGUAUGAGAUUGAUCCAACGUGAAAAAGUUGAAGAUGCCAAGCAUUUCAGCACAAAACCUUCAAAUACACUGCUUAAAGAAGCCUCAAUUCUAAAUGGGGCUAUUUUACGAAAAUCGUGUUUCGCAAAGCCAGGCUAUGCUCAGUUGUGUCUAUCAGAUAUUCGUAUACCGUUGGUUUGGCGUAAUGUGGCCGCAGGCAGUAACAUGCAUUUGACUAUGCAACAGUUAUUUCCAACGUCUGGCACUGUUAGUGGUCUACUACCAGCUGUUGUUAAAGCUUCUGGAGAUAAUGCGGACCAUUCGGAUGGUGGUGAACAAUGUGAUGGUUAUAGUUUGUUUUGUAUCAUUCAAGUUGGUCAUGUAAUUCGAGAUACUCGACUAAUCUUCGAUAUCAAACCUGGUACUGCAGAUAUUGAAUUUAAUGAUAAAUGGACUUUUGACGAUGUGACAUCGGAAUUCGAAUGUAUAAUUGAAAUCUAUGCUUUUCCAAAGGGAUCUUCUAAAAGCAAUUCUUUAUUUUCUAAACGUCGACUUUUAACAAUCCAUGAAGGAGUAAAAAAAUCAUCAGACCAACAGGUUUUGAAUUCAAACCCAUCCAUCAAUCAAAAUUCAUCUCAAUAUUUCGAUUUAAUUGGACGUUGUGUUGCCACUUUAAAAGAUGUACAAAACAAAAUCUCUUCACAUACACUAGACAUGGGCAGUCAACUUGUCAAUACACGUGAAUGUAGAAAUUCAUCAUUAUCUGUUUCUAAUUCUACAACAUCACAAAGGAGUUCUAUGUAUAAUGACCAGUCGAAAGAAACAACAGAGAUAUGCGAUUUACCAUUAUUCGGUAAUAUUUGUUAUCGACUUGUUGCACAACCUCAUUCAGCUAAAUUACCAUUGAAGUUCGGUUAUCUAUGGAUUCGUAAAUUAACACCUUCACCUAUUCAAGCACCUAUGAUGCUUUAUCGUUGUGAACUUCGGAAUUGUUAUCUUUGGGCUACGUUAGUUAACACAAGUCAUAAUGAAGGCAGUUCACAUGAAUUUUCUUCAUUCAAUCAUAUAAAUCAGACGUCAAAAUGUAAAGACCUUAAAACUGGUUGUCAUGACAAUGACUUUUUGAAAAAUUCAGCUAUAUCUUCCUCUGAUUCGUCGGAGAACACUACUUUUUCUGCAUCAAACCACUUUGACCAAACUUCAAUGAAUGGUUCAUUGAAUUCUGAAAUAAAUCACAAUAUAUCAUCAUCACAUAAUUGUUAUACUGAUUUGAUUAUACCUAUUCAUACAGAAACAAACUUUCUUGACUCACAGCUCGUCUUAAGGCAAACUGAACUAACUACAUUUCAAAGAACCGACGCACCAUCGAAUAACUCUGGAAAUGACUUCGAUAAAUCAAAUAAGUGUUGUACUUCUUCAUCCAAAGAUGAUGAAUCAAAUUCUGAUUUUAAAUACCUUCAAGCAGAUGCAAAUGAUGUCCCCGCUUUAAAUAACAAACGAACAUUUUCAGCAAUCGACUUAUCAUGUCUGUCUAAUAGCUCAAGUUCUAAUGAUCAUUCAUACACAACACAGUCUUUCUUCUCUUCAGAUAAAACUAGAUUAUUGAAUAGUCAAUCUGUUGAUAACAUUUUGAAUCUUUCUAAAACUGAACAUGUACAUUUCCGUAAUAAAACAAAUAUCUUGGAAUCACAGUCAAGUAACCUACGCAAUCAGUCAGAAACAGCAUUUGUUGCAAACUGUAAUCGUUUAUCUUUAAGUAUGGUCAAGGUUAUGUCUACAUCUAAAAGCUCAUUGUCUCCAAUGACAAAAUAUUCUAAAAAACGCUUACUUAAUUCAGUAGACGCUAGAAAGAGGUAUAAGAGAGUUUCUCGUUCUGUAGAACCUGUACGUAGGAUUUACUCUAACGAAACCGCUGCCUACAGAACAGAUACAGGCAGCCUACUUGAUUUAACUAAACUAGAAAAACUGCAAUGUUUAACACCGCAAUCGUCCAAAGCUUCUUCACGUGUUUCAGUUAAUGAUUCUAACAGUGAUAACAAAAUUGACUGUUAUCAACCAUGUGUGUUUUCAUCUCAACUACUUACAUUUCGUAUUGCUACUAGUCACUUAGAUACAGAUUUAACCUCACCUAAACAACAUUUGUCAGAACUACGACAAAAAGGUUCUUCUAUUGAAGUGUUUGAAUUCACGGCAACACAAAUGGUAGAAAAUAAUGUAAAUCAGUUAGAUGAAUCAAGUACAAUAUAUAAGAGUGAUGAAGAAGAAAUCAUUGCUUGGUUUUCUAUUAUGAAGAAACAUGUACAAGAACAAGAAAUUUGGGGCUCUGAGGCUUUCUCUGAUAAUAUUAAUAUCCCUAAACACAGGUCGAAUUCUAUUCAAAAUACAAGUGCUCGCCGAUCGAUAGCAAUCCCAUUGGAUAUUCUGUAA